AUGCCCAGCUCGUGGUUUGGAAGUAAGUCCAGUCGACAGACGCGACCACAGCCAGUGCUUGAGAUACACACGGAGUCAGACACAGCGCCAAACGACUCGCAGCCCGGUGUCAAACGCUCUCAGUCGCACUCGACUUUCGAACCGGCAUUCUCGUCCCAGUCUGUGAUCCCGCCGCCGGUCGUCCACGCCCACAUCAAUGAUCCAAGUGCAUACAAAGCUGGAAAUCUGCACCAUCCUAUCACGAUCCCUCUGGACGCCAAGGAAAGGAUUGAUAUCCACGAUGAGUCCUCAGAGGCACUAGACGAUCCCUAUACACGCGUAGACCCCGCGCAGGCUAAGAGAAACAAAGGAAAGGCGAGAGAGAACGAGGGACUCUUCACACCCCAAGAUGCUGUGCUUGCAGAUGUCUUCGGCUUUACUCUGCCUGACAUUCCCGCUCCAGGACAAACCAGAUCUUUGGAGGACUCUGACACAUUACCACGUUCGAGCGUACCUGCAGGCGGAUCAGCUAUACCCCCAUCAUUGCCAAUCUACGACCCUUUUACUGGAGGACGGAUAGGAGAGCACGCGUCAGCGGUGCCAUCUGCAGGUGCUACUGCAAACACUACGUCAACGGCUUUGACGGACCCGCAGGCCCAACAGCAAACCACACUGCAAUCUCUCCCAACGGCAGGAGAUACGGAUUUGUGGACUCGCCUUGCACGUAUCCUCGAGUUGCAGGGCGAAGUGGCUCGCAUGCAUGCUGAGAUGGAAGGAGUGGGCAACCCAGUCAGGAGUGGUGCUGCGGGUGCAUCAGGAGGCGGAUAUACUAUGGGCACAAAUCCAGGUGCUACGAGCGAUACUCGUUCCCCAACAGCCAAAGUGAGCAACCCACGGAGAAAAGUGAGAGGCGAAACAAUACCAGUAGGAGACGAUGAUGACCCCCCAGCGCCUGGAGCAGGUGAGAUGGGAGGAGGAAACAUAACAGAUACCACCUCGGAUAGCGAGGACGAGGAUGAUGCAAGCGUAUUUGCUAAACGCCGGCGCGAUGAAGAGUUCGCGAAACUUGCAGAUCAGUUCGCAGAGCGCAAGGUUGCCAUCGCGCGAAUCAUGAAUAAGCUUGACGACUUAUCUGAUGCACUAAAGGCAUUCCAUGCACUCCAGACCCCUGUGAUGGAUUUGGGGUCAACGGGCGCCUCAAGGAUGGACACCUUUAGCUCUGUAGCGUCUGAUGCGACGCGCACAAGCCUGUCUUCACCGCCACCUCAGUAUACGGGCUUUCCUCGGCCCACUCUAGAGCCACCACACAUCCCGCAACCACAUGGAAAAAUUGUUAUUGAUGCCCAGCAUGUCGAUAGUCCAGUGGACAUGAAUCCUGCGCAGUCGGUAUUCGGAAUGGGCGAGUAG